AUGUUCGAACAGGAAUAUGUGCGAAAGGGUACUGGCGUUACAGUUGACCCACGGCAACGGGAACCAGCUGCGGAUCAUGUCGCGGCCCCCCGUGAUCAUGUAUCUCAGCCACGUGCAUCGAAAUUGACCUGGUUGGGCACCGCUGUACUGAUAAUAUUGGGUGGCGCCUUGUGUAUAGUAGUCCUAUGGUUUGGUGUUAUUUUUGUCAAUCAUCGACAACAAAUGUCCAGAAAACGGUUUUAUUAG